ACCAUCAAAAAUUUAAAUUCUUGGCACAGUGACUGACUUCCCUGUCUGGCUGCAAAUGCAAUGACUGUUCUCAGCGCUCUCCGAUCAUCAAAACUCGUCACCUGGAAGCCCGUUCGAACUCACUAUCUCUUAUCCUCUGUUUGCUUCAUUUCAAAUUUCAACUAUUCACUAAACAAACCUACUUCAAUCAUUUCGUCGAAGCCAAACAGAACCCUAUCAUCGUGAUUUUUUGUGCAGACCGGGAAGCUUCAGCAAACCCUAGCAGGAUAUGUGGAGCGGAAGGGAAUCUCUUUGCAUUCCGGAAAGGUUUCGACGGUCAGAUUGUGUCCUGGAUUCGCAGGUCAAGGAAGAUGGUUUGAGAAUUCGGACUGUGGAGCAUUUGCUUUCUGCGUUGGAAGCUGCUGGUGUUGAUAAUUGUAGGAUCGAGAUUGAGAAUUUGGAUGAUCAAGAUAAUGAGGCCGAGAUUCCUAUAUUUGAUGGGUCGGCAAGGGAAUGGGUGGAAGCCUUGGACGAAGUUGGUUUAGAGACAGCAACUGAUAUUGAUGGAAAAAGCUGUGAGAAAAUUGCUCCACAUGUGAAUGAACCAGUGCAUGUUUGGAGGAAUGAUUCUUUUAUUGCUGCAUUUCCCUCAGAAGUGGUUCGAGUAACUUAUGGCAUAAACUUUUCACAGGCACCUGCUAUUGGCUGCCAAUGGUUUUCUACACCCCCCUUGGAUGAUUUGGUUUAUUCCAUGCAAAUAGCAUCAUCAAGAACCUUCUGCAUCUAUGAGGAGGUUGAGCAAAUGCGCAGUGCUGGACUUAUCAAAGGGGGUUCUCUAGAAAAUGCCAUUGUGUGCAGUAUUAGUAAAGGUUGGUUGAAUCCACCUCUUCGUUUCAGUGAUGAACCAUGUCGUCACAAGAUUUUAGAUCUAAUUGGCGAUCUCUCACUCUUAGCUCAGUUUGGUAAUCAAGGACUCCCUGUGGCACACAUAGUAGCUUACAAGGGUGGCCAUGCAUUGCAUGUUGAUUUGACUCGCCAACUGAUGGGAAUGACCUAAAGAAGCCAUUGCAAACUUUGGUGAAUUUGUUGUGGAAGUUCAACCUUAUUUUGAGUUAUUGGCUUCCAUGGCGGGAUGCUUAAAUGUAUAGACAUCUUUAUCAUAGUUUUGUUUAUUUUCAUUCUUUCUCUCUUUAGGAAACAGCCAAUACUUGGAGGAGUUCUAGUUCCCUUAUUAUUGCUGACAUCACUUCAUCAGCUUCGGAUGAAAGUGUCCAAGCAGAAAUUUUGUAAAAUCUCAAAUCAUUGAGAGUGUUUGUGUAAAAUUAGUUUGCAAAGA